CUUCUCACAAAUUUCGUGUUCCACUUGGGAACGCAGGACAACAAAACGGUAAGGACAAAAGGACUCCGCCACGCAUUGUCGACAACGUAGCCAUGAAGUUCCGUCCGUCCUCCAAAGCCCCCAACUUUUAGUUUUAUUAACCUUCAACUCUGAUAAAAACAGAGCAAAAAAAAAUCCAAGAAGAAGAAUAUCAGCUCUGUGCUCCAAAGAGAGAAAGAGAGAGAGAGAGAGAGAGAGAGAUUGAAUUUGAAGAGGCUGCUUUCCUUGAAUUCUCACGGGCUUCGAACUUCCACUUGCGUUUUUGAUCAAUUACAAAACCCAGUAAGGAUUUCCUUCUUCUUUCUUCGCUUGGCUAGUUCUUCUGCAACUAGUUUCUUUCUUCAGCUGCUUAUGUUGUUCUAUUUGUCACUUCUCCGGCGACUUCUUUCCUGAAUUUCAUUAGUUUUCUUUCUGAAUUUAAUCUGCUAAUUAGGUGGUAUUGCUAAGGCCUGAUUUUGUUCAGAAAGCACUUUGGUUAUACGUGCUUUUGUUAGUUGCUGUAAAUGCUUGUUUGAGAGUACACAUUUUUCUCAACUUGGGAAUUCAUGCAAAUUUGGUUCUUGCAUGAACACUUGGAAUAGGAUACUUGUUUAGAAAUCCCCUGAAUUAUUCGGCUAACUUUGUUAUUGAAUUCAUUACCAAAUCAUUCUUGGUUGCUAUACAUAUGACACCUAUGUUUCAAGACGAAGGGUCAUCGUCUGCUCCUUCAUCUCCUCUCCAAUUCUUUUCCACGAUGUCGCUUUCGCCUAGUUUAGGCUCACCGUACCCUUGGCUUAAGGAGCUAAAAUCCGAGGAGCGCGGUUUGUAUUUGAUCCACUUGUUGCUCACUUGUGCAAACCAUGUUGCCACCGGAAGCCUUGAAAAUGCAAAUGCCGCCCUUGAGCAAAUCUCCCAACUCGCCUCUGCUGACGGUGAUACCAUGCAGCGGAUUGCUGCCUACUUCACCGAGGCUCUUGCUGAUCGAAUCCUCAAAGCUUGGCCCGGUCUUCACACGGCCCUGAAUUCCACUAAAAUAUCUUUGGUUUCGGAGGAAAUUCUAGUCCGGAAAGUGUUUUUCGAGAUGCUUCCCUUCCUAAAGGUGGCUGUUGUGCUCACAAACCAAGCUAUUUUGGAAGCCAUGGAAGGGGAAAAGAUGGUGCAUAUAAUUGAUCUAAAUGCAGCUGAACCUGCACAGUGGAUUGCUCUUCUUCAGGUUCUAAGUGCGAGGCCUGAAGGUCCGCCGCAUUUGAGAAUCACCGGUGUUCAUCAACAGAAAGAGGUACUUGAUCAAAUGGCUCAUAGAUUGACUGAGGUGGCCGAAAAAUUGGAUAUCCCAUUUCAAUUCUGUCCCAUAGUCAGCAAAUUGGAAAAUCUCGAUAUGGAAAAACUUCGCGUCAAAACUGGCGAGGCUCUAGCUAUCAGCUCGGUUCUCCAGUUGCACUCACUUUUGGCGUUGGAUGAUGAACUCCUGAAAAGGAAAUCCCCAUUAGCAUCAAGGGGUUCAAAUGGAAAUCACUUGCCAAGAGCAUUGCAAAUUAGCCAUGGCACAUUGGGUGAGUUGCUAGAGAAAGAGAUGGGCAACAGGUAUAGCCCGAGUCCUGAUUCAACCUCGUCAUCACCGCUCUCUUUAACUCCUUGGGCGAAAUUGGAUAGCUUUCUUAAUGCAUUUUGGGAUUUGACACCGAAAGUCAUGGUAAUAACGGAGCAAGAUUCUAACCAUAACGGAUCCACUCUGAUGGAGAGACUACUGGAAGCUCUGUAUUCGUAUGCUACAUUGUUUGAUUGCUUGGAGUCUACGAUGCCGAGAACCUCAUUGGAGAGACUGAAGGUAGAGAAAAUGCUGUUCGGGGAGGAGAUAAAAAACAUUAUAGCUUGCGAGGGAUCUGAGAGGAUUGAAAGACACGAAAAGCUUGGGAAAUGGAUUCAAAGGCUUGACUUAGCUGGCUUUGGGAAUGUGCCCUUGAGCUAUUACGGAAUGCUGCAGGCAAAGAGGAUGCUGCAGGGCUAUGGUUGCAACGGGUAUAGAAUGAGGGAAGAGAACGGUUGCGUGUUGGUUUCCUGGCAAGAUCGACCGCUGUUUUCGGUGUCAGCUUGGAGAUGCAGGAAGUAAAACAUGAGUAUUGAUACUGAUCAUCUCAAUGAUGUUCGAGUUUCUCGUCUAGUCAUGAAGAAUUUUGUCCCACUGAAUCUAUCUUGCAUUUCAUUUGUUUAUUUUUUAAUUUUCGUUUUAGAUCUAAUUGAACAAAUACCGAUACUGACGUUUGGUGUUUGGUGUUUGUAUCUAUAUAUGCGUAAGUUGUUGAUGGAGUUUCUUGUGUUUUGGUUUUCUUUUCC